UGGCAAAAGCGGAAGUCGAAAUCCAGACUCCUGAAUUUUUUUCUUCCGUCUCAGCAUCCUUUCUCCUCGGAGCCAUAUCACAUCCUCUAGUUCGUAGUAUCCUAUAUUCUCGAAAGCAAAAAAAACGUCGAGCUUCCUCUUACAGUCAAAAGUCUCGUCUCUUCUUGUUCGGGAUAUACCGUGUUGAGUCCAAAAUGGCUGCACCAACUCGGCAGAUUCUAGCGUUUGGGGAUAGUUUAACCGAGGGAUACUAUCGUAUGGGCUUCGGCUUCCAUCCCUACUCGAUCAAACUCCAAGGCUUACUUCAAAGUCUUCCCGCUUCAAACUAUGAGAUCAUCACUAGCGGCUGGAGUGGCAAAACGACAACAGAUUUGGAAACUCACCUGAGAAAGGAACUUAGAAAAAAAUCAUUUGAUAUUGGUAUAAUUCUCGCAGGUACAAACGAUCUAGGCGUCAAAGAACCCGAAGAGGGAAAACCACUAUUUGGAAGGAUAAAAUAUUUACACGAAUUGUUUCUAAAGCACAAUAAAAAUACGAAAACAGUGGCUUUGACAUUACCGGAAACGGGCUAUGAACUAUCUGUCACUUGGGUAAGAGAGAAAAGGAAAAAUGUCAACGAAAUGUUGAAGGCCUAUUCUGAUGAAUCCGCAGGCAGGGUUGUUCUCUGUGAUUUUGCUGAAGAGUUUCCAAGGGAACGACUGUGUGAAGAGGAAUUGAAUAAAUUCUGGGAUGACGGAUUACAUUUAACCCCUCAAGGCUAUGACAGGAUGGCGGAGAUCAUAUUUGAUGCACUGAGGCCUCUGCUAUUAUAAAUUGAGCAGAAAUAAAUUCUUAGAAUUGAAUCCAUGAAGUAUUAUGUACAAUGUCAUAGGUAGCUGAGACAGCUAUAGUGAUAAGUGCAUAGUAUCUAUAUGUGCUCUGUGAUGCAAAUUUGGGGGAGCAGGGGCAGAUCUAGCUUUUUGCCAAAGGGGGGGGGGGGUUGACCAAAGUUUGUCGUCAGCAUUUUACCUUCGUAACGAUUUUGGAAUGAAUAGAUACAAUGAAGACAAUAAAAAAGGCAGCCCAAGGGGGGUUUAAAACCCCUAAACCCCCACCCCACCACGCUUACAGGGGACUGCUUCCAUUCCAACCUUCUGCCUAAAAUUAUACCCUCCAGUCUACCCCUGUGAUGUUCCCAAAAGGACAACUUUUUUUAUGAAUGUGGGGUAGUGGUACAGGCUAAAGAUAGGCUUUCAGGGCCACUGAAUGGUCCUUGGCAAGCAUGCCAACCAUUUUUAGCUUUUUAAUAAUAUAUUUCGAAUAGCAAGCACUUUAAAAAUUAAUCCAGACCUUGGACUCUCUUUGCGCUCAACAUUUAAGAUUUCCAGCUCUGGAUUAUUUAAGAAUCAAUGGUUCAGAAAGUUGCGAUCAAAAGUUCGGGACAACUGGGGGGGGGGGGGGGGGGGGCUUGUCCCUGCAUACUAUUAAUUUGUUAUGAUAAUACAAAAAAAAGUCUUAGCACCAAAGGUAGAUGGGGGAGAGAAACAGCCUAGUCCUGGAGUUCUUAUCAGGUUUCUUGUGGUUGAGUUUACUGUGGAUGGUAAGAGUUGUGACAUCACACAGGAGCACACUUGGAGCACAGGAAACCCGGUUAGAGUGCCUGGGACUAGGCUGGGAGAGAAGAUAAAUUGUAGUUGUUAAACAGAAUCAUAAUUGAACUCAAUUCAUUUCAAUUUCCUUUAAUAUUUGAUUUCAUCCAACUAUAAAAUAUUGCAUUAGCAUUAUGGUUAGGGAACCAUCAAAAUCAUAAACGUUAUAUUUGGCAUAUUUUCAGAUUCAUCAAUAGAAAUAUAUAAAUAGAAUUUAUAAUCAUAAGUAAAUUAAAAGAAGAUAAAUUGAUAAAUUUUGCUUCUA